GCGACGCUCGCUACGAACGUCACUCGCUAGCUGAGCAUUAAAACAACAAGAAAGAAAAAUAAAAACACGCUCCAAUUCACAAAAUAUUCAUUAAAAACGAAACAUUCACGGUUCCGGUAUGAUACGCUGCGAAAUUACGGAGCAUUAACGGAAGCAAUGAUGGUUCGGUGGACGUUUCCGGUCGUCCUACUGCUGAUCAUCAAUCUAGUGGUCAUCACAUCGUUUCCUCAUGCAGAUAACGAAGGACCCGGAGGCGGCAGGGUGGAAAGGAGCUACAAGCAACACUCGACCGGCCACCAACAGACUUUGGGUCGCUCCGGCUUCUUCGCUACGGAGAACUCAACAGUUGUCGUGGCCCAAAUUGGUGGCACUGCGGCCCUACCCUGCGUCGUUAGGAAAUUCAACAACGGCGUCGUAUCUUGGAUUCGGAGGGAAGAACAGCCCAAACUAUUGACCGUUGGUCUUAUCACAUACAGCGCCGAUGGAAGAAUUUUCGUGGAACAUGUGAGGCAUUUACAGAAUUGGGGUUUGAUCAUAAAACCGGUCCAAUUGGCGGAUUCGGGUCUCUACGAAUGCCAGAUAUCGACGCAUCCUGUUACGAGCAUCUUCAUGGAGUUGAAAGUCAUAGAGGCUUCUGCUGCAAUUUUGGGCGGGCCCGACGUGCAUCUUCGAGCCGGGUCACUUCUGCGUCUCGUCUGCAGAUUGCACCAAUCAACGGAACAGCCCUCUUAUGUAUUUUGGUAUCACGAGGACAGAAUGAUAAAUUACGACCUCGGGGUUGAAGUCAUCCCCAAUCGAGAUUCGAGUAUUCUUCUUCUCCAAGACGCGGACAAGUCCCAUGCCGGCAAUUACACCUGCCACCCGUCGAACGCCAUUCCGGCCUCGAUUAACGUCCACGUCUUAAACGCGACCGAAGAGGAAAACCCUGCAGCCAUGCUUCAUGCAAAUUGCUGCUGCCCUUCGACUUCGGUCUACGUAACUACCUUAAUUGGACUGCUCGUGAACUUCCUUUUGCAAACAAGGAGAAUAUAAAGGGAUACAGUUAAUUGCAAAUUAUUCUUAAAGGAUAUUAGAUUGUAAUUCCAUUAAGCUGCGAGUCUUUUAAUUGGAAAUCUUUACCUUCGCCAAACUGUG